ACCCCGUGUCCCAGCCUUCUCUUGAAUAGUCUUGGCUGGCACCAAGCGGGAGCAGCAACACCACAGGGCUCGCUCUUAGCCUCGUAGCUUGUUAGCCUAGCUUGUUAGCCUCGUAGCUUGUUAGCCUAGCUUGUUAGCCUUAGCUAACUUAGCAGCGCCGAGCGAGGUGUGCGUGUUUAAGCAACCAGGCUUCCUUCGGCCGCCUCUUUGCCUAUUUUUGAUUGUCCGGGAGUUGGGCGGAGUCAGCCACUGCCAAGAUGGCGACGUCCAGAGCGGAGUAGUUUGAGCUUCAAAUCCACUCUUCAGAAACGGAUGGGUGACGUCACGGUGACUACUUCCAUUAUUUUAUACAGUCUAUGGUCCACACAUUUCCUUGUUCCCUCCCCUUCAGAUCUACAGGGUGUAACCAACACUGUGGUGACGUGAGAGAGCUGACAGACUCCAUUCACUGCAUGUUGGUUAGAUCAGAGCUCAAACUAGCUGUUGACACUGAGAGGUGAAAUGGCGCAGAAAGGAGUUGAGCUGGACCGAGAAAGCUUCUCUUGUUCCAUCUGUCUGGAUCUACUGAAGGAUCCGGGGACUCUUCACUGUGGACACAGCUACUGCAUCAACUGUAUUCAAAGCUUCUGGGAUGGAGAGGAUGAGAAGAGAAUCUACAGCUGCCCUCAGUGUAGGCAGAGCUUCACAUCGAGGCCUGUCCUGAGGAAAAACAUCAUGUUAGCAGAUUUGGUGGAGAAACUGAAGAAGACUGGACUCCAAGCUGCUCCUGCUGAUCACUGCUAUGCUGGAGCUGAAGAUGUGGACCAACAUAAAGGCCACGACACAGUGUCAGCUGCAGCAGAAAGGACUGAGAGGCAGAGAGAGCUGGAGAGGAGUCGACAAAACAUCCAGCAGAGAAUCCAGGACACAGAGAAAGAUGUGAAGCUGCUCCAACAGGAGGUGGAGGCUAUCAGUCGCUCUGCUGAUAAAGCAGUGGAGCACAGUGAGAAGAUCUUCACUGAGCUGAUCCGUCUCAUGGAGAAAAGACGCUCUGAUGUGAAGCAGCAGCUCAGAUGGCAGCAGGAAACUGAAGUGAGUCGAGUCAAAGAGCUUCAGGAGAAGCUGGAGCAGGAGAUCACUGAGCUGAAGAGGAAAGACGCUGAGCUGAAGAAGCUCUCACACACAGAGGAUCACACCCAGUUUCUACACAACUACCCCUCACUGUCAGCACUCAGUGAAGCCACACACUCAUCCAGCAUCAACAUCCGUCCUCUCCGCUACUUUGAGGACGUGACAGCGGCUGUGUUAGGAGUCAGAGAUAAACUACAGGACGCUCUGAGGGACACAUGGACAAACGUCUCACUGACAGGGACUGAAGUGGAUGUUUUACUGCCACAACCAGAGCGCAAGACCAGAGCUGAGUUCUUCAGAUAUUCACGUCACAUCACACUGGAUCCAAACACAGCACAUACAGAGCUGUUAUUAUCUGAGGGGAACAGGAAAGUGACAUUCAUGAGACAACAACAGUCUUAUUCUAAACACCCAGACAGAUUCACUGGAUGUUAUCAGGUCCUGAGUAGAGAGAGUCUGACUGGACGUUGUUACUGGGAGGUGGAGUGGAGAGGAGGAGUUUAUGUAGCAGUCGCAUACAAGAAUAUCAGCAGAGCAGGGUGGGAUGAUGAAUGUAGAUUUGGACACAAUGACAAAUCUUGGGUGUUAUUUUUUCACAAUAACAGUUAUAAGUUUUAUCACAACAAAGUCCAAACUCGUGUCUCAGGUCCUCGGUCCUCCAGAGUAGGAGUGUACCUGGAUCACAGUGCAGGUAUUCUGUCCUUCUACAGCGUCUCUGAAACCAUGACUCUCCUCCACAGAGUCCAGACCACAUUCACUCAGCCUCUCUAUGCUGGACUUUGUCUUUGUUGGACUGAUUCCACAGCUGAGUUGUGUCAAGUCAAAUAGUCAGGAGUCAUUUAAGGGUUAAACUCUGUGUUUGGUCUCCAUGUUUGUUGCUGACAGCUGAUUGUUGUGGCGUUUCUUCACUGCACACAGAUCAGCUGUCAGUCAAACAUUGUGGGCGGGACUUUGACAUCUUCUCCUGAGUUGUUGUGUAAAUGUUUGAGUGUGUGUAGGUGGCGCUCCUUCCUGUGUGUGUCACCUCCUUUAUCCUCCACACUUUGUUCUCUUUGUGUUCAUCUGUAAAGAAAUCUAUAAUCACAUUUAUUUGUUUGGCAGACCAAAUGUUGUUGUUGUUGUUGUUAUGAGGUUUUAUAGAAGUGUAAUGAUCCUGACCAUAAUCAAUAAGGACAUCAUUCAUUAUUGUCUUGUACACAGCUGAGAUUCUUGUGUGGAUGAAGUGAAUCUGAGCAUGAAAUCACUAAACAAGAGUCAUUUAAUAGUGUUUGCUUUCUGUUGUUGUGUCCAUGAACAUCAAAUAAAUUUGGAUGCAGAUCAUAAUUUGUGUGGUCACAAGUCAUUCAAGUGAAAUUUGUUAUUUAAAUCUUUGUUUUGAUCAGAUGUGGCCAGCACAAACAUGAUUUGUUCCUGAGCUUGUAGAAUACAGACCAAAGACUGUUGUGGUUGGAUAAGUGUGUCACAAAGUCCUCCUCAGUCCUGCUUCUCCCAUUCUGCCUCUCUGUCCCUCCCUCCAGCCCCCUGCAUCACCUCCAUCCAUCCACCAGAUGUCCUCACACUUUCCCUCCUGUCCCAGUCACCUGACUCUCUCAGUCACCUGCUCACCUGUUUCCACUUUCCCUCAUCAGCCCUGCAGUAUAGAAGCGCCACGUUUCCACUCAUUCCCUGACAGAUUGUCAGUGUUGCUUUCUGCCUGAAGCUGCUGUCUUCAGACCUGUUCCUGUGUCUGCACCAGAGAGUUUGUUACCAGCCGGCCGCCGUUGUGUCAAACAGAUGAGUUCACAAUACGUCACCUGUCAGCAGGAGCACUGAUUGGUCCGGUGCGACGCUGUGCAUUCAGGUCUUUACAAGUUUUCUACCUCGUGGAGAAAAGUGAAUCCCACAGUCCUAUUUUCUGUUUCCUCUGCUCAUGUAGCACCAAUUUCAAAAGUAUUUCACCACCAUAGAAUUAUAAGGUUCUGUAGUCAAACUAAUGCAGUGUCUUUUCUCAACAUGUCUGGAGAUCAUUUUCUUCUGAGGCCUCCAAAAGCGGUGCAUUAUCUUUUAUUUAUUUCCACAUUUCUAAGACCAAUCACUCACAUAUCUGAGGUCUAUUUGGGAGAUCAAAUUUUGGGGGUGGCUGUGACAGUUGAGCAGUGGGGGAAGAGCCCUCCAGGGAGACUUUUUCCUGCAUCCUUAGCACACUCUCAUUCUCACUGUGUCCUAAUGUGUCCACUUAUUGAAGUCCAAUCUUCAAAGCACUGUAAGUUAUAUUUACAAUCAACAUUCACCCAGAUCCCUUGACAGCUAUUUUUGGCACAGCAGGAGAGGAAAACAAGAAUCUUUCAGCAUCUAAACUUGAAAUAACAAAAUUUGUGGUGAUGCAACGUCCCAAACUUUAGAAAAUAAGAUUGACUUUGCUCGUCUGAUAAAUUUAUGAGAAUUUGGAGUCAAUUUAUGGAAUAUAUAAAAGCUAGACUCCAAACCCCCACAUUAUUGAUAACUGCACGUGAAGUAGAGUAGCUGAUCAUAAUAGGUUAGACCCUGAUUGGACCUUUAUCCCGUGCAACUGCCUGUCCCUUUAAAGUUUCUGUAUGUUUGUAGGUAUCUGUCUGUGUGUGUACCUGUGCCUGUACAUAUGUGUGUGUGUGUUUUGUUUGUUGUGUUUUGACUGUUUUUCUUUUGCAAAGCUGUAUAGCAGUUUGUAUGUUCUUAAAGAAACAUUAAAAAUAUCUGAAAACAAAACCCAACAAACAAAGAAUUACAAGGUUCUAUCUGUGGUCUGAACGGUUUUGAGACAUUGAGCUUCAAAGUUUAGCAUUCCAAAUAACAUCAAUGAUAUUAACAUUUUUGUUUUCAAACUAAAAAGUCCACAUUUUGACAGAAAGGUCAGAUAGACGCGUAUAAUCCCAAGGUGACGAUUAGCAUCUUUCGUCUGCACUGAACAGCCCAGUGUUAUGAAAAGACCACAUUUCCAUUGAUGAAAGGUUUCUUUAAAUGUGUAGACAGAAUGAAACUGGAAGAUGGCACCACAAGAAAGGAACUUGCUUUAAUUCCCGGCUUAUGCCAUGGAGCUAGCUUCC